AUGGCUGUGGCACAAAAGAUUUGGACAUUUUCACUUCCAUGGGUUGAAGAUCUUGCAGCAAAAGAGCAUGAUGAGAGACUCACCAGUCAUAAAAGAGAUCAAUGCAGUCAGCGAAUGAUGUUUGCUUGGGAAACAACAUGCCAACCAUUUUCGUCCGAAAAAUCUUGGAGAGCUAAAAAGUCAUUAGAGCUAAUACAUACAGAUGUAUGUGGUCCGAUGCGUACUCCAUUACAUGAACAAAACAAUGGUUGCAAUAUCAAAACUAUCAGAAGCGGCAGAGGCAAAGGAUAUACAUCAAAUGAAUUCAAUAAAUUUUGUGAAGAUGAAGGAAUGGAGCAUCAACUUACAGUUGGAUACGUGCCUGAACAAAAUGGCGUGUUAGAAAGAAAGAAUAGAACAGUAAUGGAGACAACUAGAGCUAUGCUAAUGGAGAAAAGUCUUCUAAACACUUUCUGGGCAGAAGCAGUAAGCACUGUAGUCUACCUACUAAAUCAAUGUCCGGCUAAAUCUAUGCAAGAUAAAAUCCUGCUCGUGUUCAAGGAUUCCAGCUUAGUUUCUUUAACUACCUGCUCCCCUGGAGUUUUUAGCUUGGGUGCUAUUUUGAGCUUUGCAGUCAUUGCUCCCACUGGUUGUUCAGCUAGGAAUGACGAAAAUACCCGUCACACCCAGUACCUACGGUUCCCGUCUCGAAAGGGGUGGGAAUUAAUUGCUCAAUCUAGUAAUCGGGUCGGGUACGGGUAA